AUGGCACCGAGCCCGACCGCCGCAGCUUCGCUGCUGGGUGUCCCCGUGGGUGCUGGGGAGGAGGAGUUCCGAAAAGCCUAUCGCGAAGCUGCGAGGAAAUGCCAUCCGGACAAAGUGCCGGAUCGCCAGGAGGAGUUCAUCCGACUCGGCGAGGCCUUGGAGGUGCUCCUGACCCGGCCACCAGCUCCCCCGAGCGUCCGGAGCAGCGUCAGCGAAAGCGAGAGGCUGGACAAACACUUCUUCGGGACGCACUUUGGCUCUGACCAAUUCGAUCCCCGCGGCUGGUUGGGCCCAAUGUCCGCAGAGGCGCUGGCUUCCGGCCAAGCUUUUCAGUGCGUCUGGCGCUGCAAGACGUGCCCUGAAGGCUCCUCGGUCUGCUGCCGCCUGAAACCCAAGAAACACAGCUGCCUCUGCGGCCACAAGGUGGAGGCCCACGAUGCGCGGCGUGGCUUCCGCUGCAGCAUGUCGGGUUGCAAAUGCCGGAGCCUCGAGUUCUAUGUCCAGCAGCUUGGAUGGGAGGCCCGGUGCGGCUGCAAGCACCACCUCCGAGACCACAAUAAGACGUGUGAGCCCCCGUACCGUUGCACCAAAAUCUUACCCGGCAAGGACAAGAAGCCAUGUCCCUGCCGCGGCUUUCAUGUUUCCUGGGUCUGCACCUGCGGGCAUCCCUGGGAAGAGCACGAGACGACCUGGCAGGAAAGCACCUCGAGCGCUGUCUUCAGCCGCGAAUGGGUUGCUGGGGGCCUCCGUCCCGAGUGCGUCGCUGAGGCAGAGGAAAAACGGAGCCGCUGGAAGCAGCAGGCUGCAGAUGCUGCUGAACGGCAUGGCCGGGACAUGGCCACGAAGCUUAUGGCUGACAAAGUUCAGCGAAUGCAGGUAUCCAUGUGCGCAGAGGCCGGCAUUCGGGAAGCCAUCGAUGAGACUUUGGAUGGCACUCGCCUACCGCCCAGCUCUCACAGCCCGGCAUCGACUCGCCCGCCGAGUGCUCGGCGACCCUUGCGGCUGGCUCCUCCUGCCAGGUAG